AAAAUCAAUCAUACAUCGAUGGCCAAAGUUUGAAAGCACAUAUGUCUGUUUAUGAUGUUGCAGAUUACCGAUCACACUUGAUUAUUUUCUCUUCGGAAAAAUAAUGUAAUCUUUUGAAGUUCCUAGAUUUUUCUUCCUUAUUAGUGGAGUAUUCUAUGAAUUUCAAACCAACAUACUUACCUUCGAAAAAAUAAAAUAAAAACGGGAAUUUUGAAACAUUGCAAUAGGGACACGUGGUUUUGCCCUUUUGCCGAAUCUGCCAAAAAGGUUUCUCGAUGAGACAUUCUUCAUGGAGGCCGGAAGGGUGGAGUGGGUUCGGAGGUAGAAAAUUCCUAGAAAUAGAUGAAAAUGGUCUUUUUUGAGAGAAAUUUUACAUCAAGCAGGUCCAGGCCCCCUAAACCUCUUAAACUACCCGUCUGCAUACUGCAAAUGCGGCCCAACGAUUUUAAAACCGGGUGGUUGGUGAAGGUUUACGCUAGGUACGUAAGGUUAGGUUGUAUUAUUAUUGUCUAUUUGUGGAAAUACUCGUGUCAUCAAAAAAUAUAUUUUAUUUCUAACAGCUCUGGAGCUACCGCAAAUAAAAGCCUGUAAGUGAAAAUUUUGACAGAGAAUUGGAUUGAUAUUCAUCAUAAAAAAUGGAGAAGCUCCUUGUUGCUGUUUUGUGUUUCAUUGGUCUAACAAUAUGUGGUCACCUAAACCGACCAAUGACACGAUCGAAGGUAAAAACCAUGUCAAAGCACCACGAUGUCGUUCCAGAAAUAAUUGAUGAGUCGGAGAAUUUUGAUCGACUUGUCGGAUCAUUAAGUCGCGUAUUCGGAAUCAAGAAUAAGGAAAACACUUUGAGAGAGGAAAGGAGAGAUAGUUUCAUGAAUACUCCUCAGGUAGUGUCCCCAUCUUCAUCAUCAGGAAGCAGCGCUGCAGCAUCCUAUUUCUCGUCACAGCGGCCUGAGUCACCACAAUCUGUAGUUGCUGUAGCAACGGUCAAAAGGAAAACUCGCCCACAGAGACAUCGUAGAGUCAAGUCUAUCGGUGAUAUUGACUCAAUUUUAGUUACGCCUGUGUAAGGCACGAGUUUUUAAUCAGAUUUGUUCUUUCCCAUGACUUCAGAAUCCCUAGUCUUAGGUUUUUACGAAAGUUUUACUUUUCUCUUUUUAUCUUGCGAGAUCUCAAAAUUAUUUGUAAUUUAAACUGUGUAACUAUUUUUCCAAAGUGAAGAAUAGUAUAAGUUAUUUUAAGGUGUAUGAAUAAUCUUAUUUUUGCAGCUGCAUUUACAAUGAAUAGAGGAACAAAAGGGAUAUUUUUUAUGAAAAGCGCAUCAUUGUGCUCAAUCAAAAACUCCAAAAACUUGUGUGAAAUAAUUUUUUACUGGUAUUGUUGGUUCUCCUCUCGUUUAUUUUUUACCAUACACUGCCUGUUUUUGUUUGUUUUUUCUUCUGUUAAUGUCUUUCAUGUUCAUUCAAUUUAUUAUUUACACAUUUUCUUUUGUUAUUUUUUCUGCAUACCUCACAAAGCAUCGAGAAAACUGAUUAAUUACCGUUUCUCAGUUCUUUUAUUACAAAUAUUGGUUUUUUUUUCCUCUUCAUUUAUUAGAGAAAUGCUAGGACAAAAAAUUGCAACUAUACAAUAUCUAUUUAAAUAGCCAUUAAAUGAAUCUACGCUCUAAGUUUUUUGUGCUCUGAUUGUUAUCGUAUCAAAGACUCAGAACUUGAGACUGCCCUACUUUGUUUUUAGAAAA